AUGGCUGGCGCAAGUGCAGAGAUAGAAAGAAUUGUUAUAGAAUUGCUUAAAGGUGCUGGGAAAAUUCAUUGGGUGGGAGCAGCACUUUCUAUGGUGGGAUUUGUAUUGGAGAGAUGUAUUCAGACUUCUCACAACAAAAGUGAGUGCCUUGAAAUUCUGAGAAGGAUGGUUAAUCUUGGAAAGCAAAUUCUGCAGUUGAAUGACCAAAUGCCAGACCAGAAGCAAAAACUCAAUGAAGCAGUCCAAUGCAUUGUUGUAGGAUGCACAAUGUGCGCUUCCCAACUUACAACAACAAGGGUUUUUAGGUUUCUUACUGCUUCAGUGAAUGCCGAUAGUAUACAGAGUUUCCAAGUCAAAAUAGACCGCUUGUAUAAUGACCUUGUACUGUGGGGUAUAACUGACAUGGAGAAAAGAUUGACAAAGAUUGCUCCGCAGUCACAGGAACUCUAUGCAUACCAAACAGCAGUCGGAAUUGAGAGUGGACGAGAAACAGUAAUCCGACUGCUAGAUUUGGAAGCACAACAUUCAUCAGUACAGGUAGUGGUUGUCUAUGGAUUAGGAGGGAUGGGCAAAACGACACUUGCUGAUGCCAUUUAUGCAAACAUCGACCUCCAAAAUUAUAAGCAUUGCAGAAUUCACAUGGAACAAAAUUGUACCAAGAAUGAUCUUAAAGUCCUUCAAGAACAGAUUUUGAAUGGAUUGUUCCACCAGAAUGUGAAAUUGACUGACUCUCACCAAGGUCAGGGAAUGAUCUGGUCUUUCUUCAAAAAGAAUCCCAAUCAACCUGUAUUUCUAUACAUUGACAAUGCUCUGAAUAAAGCAGAUUUGAAACAACUUCUACCUGCAGAAUUGGGCAGUUGCCUUCCACCCAAGAGCAGAAUUCUUGUCACUACGCGAAAUCUUCAGGAGACGGACAUCUUUGUCGACAGGAAUAUCCAACGCCGAGAAUAUGCGGUGAGUUUUCUCCCACCGACAGAGGCCAGAAAGAUUUUGUUGAGGAAAGCUUCAGAGUACAAUGAUGAAAACAACAUAGACGCUCUGCUCAAGCUUUGUGGAGGCGUCCCACUUCUGCUAGAAAUAAUUGGCUCGCAACUGGCCAUCAGUAGCAGAAACACAAAUAAUAAUAUAGUAUUAGAGUUGCUUAGAGAAGGGGAGGUGGUGGAAGAGGAAGAUAUAAGUGACAGAAUGGUUGAUUUUGUAUACCACAGAUUGUUACCCCCUGUUAAAGAAGCCUUUCUAGACAUCACAUCCUUGUUCUGUUAUUGGCCAAGGGAAGAAGUGGCAUACAUAGUUGGAGAAGAGGAGUUCAGAGCUCUUGAAGAUGCAACAUUUGUCAAGACAUCAAAAGAUGGUCGUGUGAUUGUUCAUGACAUUGUUCAAGCAAGAGGGAAAAAGAUGUCAGAACAAAACAGAGUCACAGACCCUGAGACUUUAUUGAAAUGUCUCAAAGACGAAGAGAAACUCAAAAAUUUAAGAGGCAUCUUUCUUAAUGAAAAAUAUGAGCACCCUUCAAUCGAAAUUAAUGAUGAACAUCUGAAGUGGAUGAGCAAUUCAUUAAGAGUGCUAUCUUAUCAAGGAUCACAGAUAACAUUCAGGGGGAAAUGUCACAAACCAUUAAGACAACUGAGAUACCUCCAAAUUGCAAGUGACAUUCCAGAUUUACCAAUGGAGUUUGAGAAACUUGAGCAUCUCUCCAUAUACAGGGGCCCAUUCAUGCCAGGCAUGAGUUUUAAUGAGUUUCCUCCCAGCUUGCGCGUAAUGACCUCACUAAACCUCACAAAGAUGCAUGCUUCUUCACAGAACAGAGUUGCAUAUUCUCAAAUUCCCGCCAAAGUCGCUCCAGAUUCUUCACUCGUAAAAUUAAGCUUAUAUGGUUUGAAAAAUAUGGAAAGGCCACCAGAUGGAAUGGAAAAUCUAACAAAGUUAGAGCAAUUAUAUUUAAGAGGUUGCCUUCAGUUGAGGGAAUUGCCUCCCAGAUUUGGGCAACUGAACAAUCUAAAAGAGCUGCGUCUAAGUCAGUGCCAAGAAUUGAAAGAGUUGCCUUCAAACAUUGGGCAACUGAGCAAUUUGACAUCACUGUAUUUAUAUGACUGCUCUGCAUUAAGUUUAUUGCCUUCCAGUUUUGGGGAUCUCAUUUCCCUAAAAACUUUGCAAUUGAGUUAUUGUUCCGGUUUGAAAAUGUUGCCUUCUAAUUUUGGGCAACUCAAAAAGUUGGAAGAGUUGGAUCUGAGACACUGUUACGGGUUAGAAGAAUGGCCAUUCAACUUGAGAGAUCUAACAGAGAUGAAGAAGAUGGUUUUGGUGGGUUGUUCUUUGAAACUGAAAGAAUCAUUACCUCAUCAUAUCAAAGAAAGUUGUUCUAUUCUAUUUGAUUAAACAAU